AUGGGGCGAGGUUCUGUAACUCGACGCGGUCCCACCUUCUUGACGCGCACAGCUACUGAUGAAGCUGCUCAAUUACUACGAAGAUCAUCGUUCCCAGGCACUCCAGAGGAGCACCGUCCUGCAUCUGCCCCCGAUGAUUCAGUACAGACUUUGUCAAGACCAGCAACUGCCCAGUCUUCUGUGUCUAUUCCACCGCUUGCCCCGGUCGACACAACAACUUCCUCAAAAGUUUACGGGACAUUCGAUGGCCCCCAUGAAUCACGGGAUGAUGCUCAAACGCCAGAGCCGACAGCUGCAACUCAGAAUUCAGCAAGACAUUCAGUGGCAGCGUAUUUUCGUGGGAUACCUGGCAAAAUUGAAAAAUCAGUUCUACACAAUGAUGGCAUGGGGCCACGUCCAGUUGGUGGCUCGGAAAAAUUGGGCACCUUCUCAGGAGUUUUUGUUCCUACGAGUUUGAACGUCCUAAGCAUUCUCAUGUUCAUCCGUUUCGGUUUUAUUCUUGGCCAGAGCGGUGUUAUAGGCAUGUUAGCCAUGUUGGUCGCGGCCUAUGCCAUCAAUCUGAUCACAACCAUGUCCCUUUCGGCGGUGGCUUCCAACGGCACGGUCAGAGGAGGCGGGGCCUAUUACUUGAUCUCUAGAUCUCUGGGUCCUGAAUUUGGUGGAGCGAUUGGGCUAGUGUCAUAUCUCGGCUUCGUUUUCAACACGGGAAUGAAUGCAGUUGCUCUGGUUGACUGUCUGGACUACAAUUUUGGUGCCAAGUCUGGAAACUGGGCCAACACUCUCCCUGAAGGUCUAUGGUGGGAGUACCUCUGGAGCACUUCGGUCGUGGUAUUAUGUGUCGCUAUCUGUAUGGCCGGAAGUGCGAUUUUUGCGCGUGCAAGCAAUGGGCUGCUUCUGAUUUUACUUCUGGCAACAUUUAGCGUUCCAUUUUCAGCCAUCAUUCGAUCACCUUUCCAGACCCAGAAACAGUUUCUGCAAUUUACAGGCCUUCGUCUUGACACUUUGAAGGAGAACUUGCUACCUCACUUCACAAAAGGGGCUGCUGGCAGCGAGCUCAAAGGCAAAGAGAACUAUCAAGAUCUGUUUGGCAUUUUGUUCCCUGCAACUGGGGGCAUUCUGGCGGGAGCGAGCAUGUCAGGCGAUCUGAAGAACCCUAGUGUGUCCAUUCCCAGGGGCACACUUGGUGGAUUGGCUUUGACCUUCGUCGCAUAUACUUUGGUGGUGGUUGCCAUGGCUGCAAGCAUCACAAGGGAAUCCUUCUACAAAAACGUCAACGUCGUGCAGGACGCUAGCAUAUCUGGGAUAUUGAUUCUGGCAGGAGAGUUGGCAUCGACAUUCUUCUCCGUUUUAAUGGGGAUUAUCGGACCAGCCAAGCAACUACAGGCCAUUGCCAGAGACAAGGUCAUUCCAGGUCUCUCCAUAUUUGGACAGGGGACGAAGAAGAAGGACGAACCAAUUUACGCCAUCCUUUGCACUUUCGCCGUCACUCAACUGGUGCUUCUUCUCGACAUCAAUCAAAUUGCGUCGCUGAUUACAAUGACGUAUCUAAUGACCUUUUUUGCACUCAAUGUAGCCACGUUCCUUCUGAAGAUUGGUUCUGCUCCGAAUUUUCGGCCUUCAUUCUCCUACUUCAACUGGUGGACGGCGGCUUCUGGGGCCCUUCUCAGCGUCGGCAGCAUGUUUUUUGUCGAUGGUGUUUCAGCAUCUGGGUCGGUCUGUCUUCUCCUCAUUCUCAUCAUAAUUAUCCACUACACAACUCCGCCAAAACCCUGGGGCUCCAUUUCGGAAGUCCUCAUCUAUCACCAAGUUCGAAAAUACCUUUUGAGACUCAAAACUGAGCAUGUCAAAUUUUGGCGCCCGCAAAUCCUCCUACUCGUCAAUGACCCUAGAAGGAGUUACAAACUCAUUCACUUCUGUAACUCGCUCAAAAAGGGCGCCUUGUUCAUCAUCGGGCAUGUCAUUGUUACGCAAAACUUCGGCGCCUCUGUGCCCGAAGCACGCCGUCAGCAAGCAGCUUGGAACAAGUUUAUCGACAUCUCCAAAAUCAAAGCCUUUGUGAACGUGGCAAUUUCGCCUUCUAUUGAAUGGGGGGCUCGGAACGUCUUUCUCUCUGCCGGAUUAGGGGGCAUGCGCCCUAAUAUUGUGGUCCUCGGCUUCUACAAUUUACAACAGUUCAGAUCCGAGCAACCCCUGGUUGACGUGCCGAGCCCACCCCCAGAAAGAAAAGACGGCUCGAUUAGACGCCGUCGUACCAGCAGGAGCCAAGUGCAAGGCGAAUUACCCACCGAUGUGUGCUACGUGGAAAAGAGAACAGAUAUCCAGAGCUAUGUUAUGGUUUUGGAAGAUAUGAUCCUAAAGCUGCGGACCAACGUUGCGAUAGCAAUAGGUUUUGGUGAUCUGGAACUUCCUAAAGCGAAAACAAAUGUCACAAAGAAAUACAUAGACCUGUGGCCCAUCCAAAUGUCCGCAGAACUCACAUCUGAAAACGAUGGUCACCCGCAGAAUGUUACAACCACCAACUUCGACACGUAUACCCUCAUCCUGCAACUUGGAUGCAUUCUCAACACUGUGCCAUCAUGGAAGCGAUCCUACAGCCUUCGAGUCGCAGUCUUUGUUGAGUACGAGGCUGACGUGGAAGAGGAAAGAGCUCGAGUGACGUCCCUCUUGGCAAAUUUACGAAUCAAGGCCGAGGUCCUUGUGUUCUGGCUGGCUUGCGGCACCAUCAAAACUUAUAACUGUAUCGUCAAUGGGCAGGAUGUCGAUGAAGAGACACAAGAUCAAGUCAACAAAGUGCUGGAAGAUGAGGCGUGGUGGCAAGAACUUCUCAAACUCCGAGGAAAGUCCAGAUCUGGCGAUGUGACUGCCACGGAUGCCCUUUCGAUGGCCGAUGAUUUUGAAGAGAUCGUCAUUUGGGAAUUUGUCCAGUCUUGGGACGACGACAUGCUCAGCCGACACGCAUCUCAUCCAAGUGACUCUGAACGCUCGGACUCCGAGGACGACGACAAAGAGGAUGGCGGGGAAGAGGAGACGUCUGAUGGAGAAGAUUCCGACGCAAGUCUAUCAGAAGACGGUGGAGUUCAGAUGCACGACUCGUCCGGAAGUCUGAGGUUUGCUCUCAAAACCAAAUCCUCGUCAUCCAAGAAGAGCAGCCGAGCGAGCUCCAAAAAGUCGAGUCGCAAAAGGAAAAGGGAGGAGGAUUUGAGGGUGGAACGCUCUAUUUCCGCCGAGCCAGAUCUGCAAUUCGACGAGGAGACUCCCCCUUCAGGUGACGAGGAAGUCAGUCGAGGCCGUGAUCCCGCCGCAUCGGAUCCUGGCGCACUGUCGCCCAAUUCAAGUGUUGAGAUUAUGGUCUCGUCGCAAAGAUCUCGAACGGCUUCACCAAAUUUCACAUCUGACCCUGUCCCUAUGACCAGAGUGGCUAGCGACGAAGGCGCUGGACCCUCAAUCAUGUUCGCCGACCAUCCGCACCCGCGGCGACAAAGGCUCGAAGAUCCCAUCCCAGCGGCAGGACGGUCGAUUUACGAACGGACGCGAGAGAACAGCAUUGCUCCCCAACCGGCUGCUUCUGGCUUUCCAACGGCAGCCUCGAUUCCGUUGUCCUUCAACGACUUACCAAGUCGAGCACAACAUCUGAUCUUGAAUGAACUGAUAUCACAGAAUAGCGAUGACACAGCCGUCAUCUUCACCACAUUGCCGGCACCGGUGGAAGGAACAUAUCGCAGCGAGACGGAUAGCCUGGGAUAUAUCAGCGAUUUGGAAGUGUUGGCUGGUGGACUCCCGCCAACGUUGCUGGUGCAUAGCAACAGCAUGACUGUUACUACGAAUUUAUGA